AUGCCCCUGACCGAAAAUGUACGCCUCCUAAACGAGCCCUGGAAUCCAGUCUUAACCCUCGAGGCAGGCUUAAUACAGGUCGCUAAAUUUGAACACGUUGUCGCCAACUAUGCCUCUACACUCGCCCGCAGACCCGGCACCGCCCCGUCGAAUCAGCCUCUACCAGACUCCCAAGCUACCUCUCUCGAAGAAGACCUCCGCGGCACGGGACAUCCGUUUGAAGAGGUGGUACAAGGCCAAACAUGCUUGCUUUGGGCGCGCUGGGUAGGCGCCCACAAAUCGGACCGCAAGAUUCCCGCUGUUACAUUCGAACCCAUACGAACCGCAGCAGAUGCCAUUUCAACAUGGACAAAGAUCUGCGUGGUCAAGACGGUUUACAUCAAAGGGAUGUUCUUAGCACAAGCCGGGAAUGGCAAAGAGGCAAAUGAACUACUUGGCUCUCUACUUCCUUGGCUAGAUGCCAACAGGAGCAUGGUUGUUUCUACUCCCCAACUCCUUUACUGGGCACAACAACUACUCGGACGGGUUGCAUUAGGCCAGAGCUCGUCCGUCACAGAAUCUACGGACACCAUUACUCCCGAGUCAGCCUCGUUCAGACUCCAAGCCUUCCGUCACUGGGCCGUGCUCGCGGUUAAGGACCAGGAGAUUUCGGCAUCGACUUAUGGCAAUGGCCCGGGACAUUUGUCAAAGCUCGACAUGUGGAGAGCUUACUAUAGGUUCAUGUCCAGUAUUCUGCAAAACAGACAAGGAAUGGCGAACCACCUCCCUAUUGGACACUCUGACUUGGCGAUCGAGUUGAGGAGGGUAGAGACAUCUUAUGAGAACGAGCUCUUGCGAAACGUUCAAUUUCCCAAGGCUACUGAGUCCAACGCAAUCAUAGAGACCUGGGUGGAAGAAUUUAUUCUCAACUGGCAGAUUCUUUGCGGACCCAAUUGGUCUGACUCGGACUUGGGUGAAGGUGGUCGCAAUUCGUGUGGCAGAAAUGUGCUCGACAUGCUUUAUCGAGCUGCCACAAAGUCAUUUCACUCUACCCUUAUCCUACGCCGCUUGUUUCAAGUGCAUAAAGCCUUGACGGACUUUGGCUUGGCUUACAAGGCUUUGGACACCUAUAUUGAGCUUAUGGAACGAGCGCGGACUAGGGCUGCCAAGUCUGAAACUGCAGCAACCAGCAGAGACAGUGACGAGGUCUUUAUGAAAACCAUUGCUGAAGGUAUUGAAGGCCUGUGCUCCUUUGGCCGCUACGCUGAGGCGGAAAAGGCGCAUGAGCUGUGUGAUAAGCUCGAAGAUCUCCUGGACGAACUCGAACCGCCAGCCACAAGUUCUGUUCCCAAUGGCUUCGCAUCGAGAAGCAACGCAGUCGUCAACGGGGAAGGGCUGGUCACCCCCACUUUGUCCGCCGACUUGCUGGAGGCUGCCUACCGAGCCAUUGGUAUAGGAAAAGCCCAGUGGGCUCGGUGGACACCUUUCAGUGAGGAACGGACCAACCUUCAGACCACGGCCAUUGAAUGUUUGCAGACGGCGGCAGCACAAAAUCUCCCUUCUGAAAAGUUACUGCCAUCCCUGUAUGCACUAAGUCAAUUGCUCGCCCAGACGCGAGACAUUGAUCAGGCGAUCGCAACUGUGAAGAGGGCGUUGGCCUGGGAGACAGGCAAGCUCGAGCAACACGACAACUAUAGCAUACAACGGCAACUGCUGCCAUUCUGGCACUUGUUAUCCCUCCUUCUCACUUCCCGACACAACUUUGAGACAGCAAGCCAAAGUUGCGUGGCAGCCUUUGAGCAAUUUUCGCCACCAGAGACAAUCUUCGGCGACUUCUCCAAUGGUGCGUCGAUUGGUGGAAGAUUAGCUAGUGGGAGUCGCAAACUUGGAUUGGUGGAUGAUAUGGAGUGUGACGAGUUACAAAAAAUCAUCGAGAUUCGCAUCACUGAGCUUGCAUUGACAGAGCUGAUCGAAGGCCCAGAGCAUGCGGUCAACAACAGCAACGACUUGCUUGCAUUGUACUCCCGGCUGUUUGGACGAUAUGGAGUGAUCGCUGUCAGCGAAGAAACGUCGAGAAAACGAUCAAUCCAGCCACCUAAAAGCUCGGGUGGCACAGUCAGGAGUCUUCCGGGCAAGCUGUUCCAUCGAAAGAGAUUGGGAAGGUCGAGUGAAUCAUCCAAAGGAGUGCCGAUCAAUAUCGCUCCGUCGAUAACGGAAGAAGUGCGGCCCAGUACUCAGGCGACCCAAACCACCCAAGCGCCGACUAUCCAGGUAAUCAAUGAAGACGGCAAACCGUCACCGCAUAAGCACAAAAUAUUUCAUAUUUAUGAGCAUGUCCCUACGCCGGAGGCGAUGACAGGUGCUGGUCAACCCGAGCAACGGCCCCAGUUAGAAACCAUAAAAUCCGGCGAUGUUCCAGAGGUGCCUGUGUCUCCAGACCACGAUGCAAGCGAAGGAGCCAAACAACCCCUCAAGGAGAUACCGCACAACUUGACAUCGCAUGAGAAAGUGCCACUUCCAGCGCAGCACCAAGAUCAACCGCCACAGCAAGAUGUGCGGCUGCCAGUCGUGGGGCCGGGGACAUUGCGGACGGACCCUACACCUCGGUUCCCGCGCACUGCAUCUCAGAGACACGCCCUGAGUAUACUGGUCAAAAUAUGGCUGAUUAUUGCAACGCUCUACCGAAGAGGAAACAUGUUUGACGACUCACGGGAAGCUUGCGAUGAGGCAGCUAAAGUGGCAUUGAAGAUUGAGGGCAUGGUUGCCGGCGUGGAAAGUUCGGCGCGCGCCUUCGGUGACAGCGGAUGGGGCGGCGGAGGGAAAAGCUCAGACGAGCUUUGGGCUGACGUGUACUGUGAGCGAGCAGAACUACUAAUGGCUAUUGCCCGAGCUCGCGAAGAGAAGGAAGGCACUGUCUUCUCUGAAGGGAUCCGCGAGGCGGUGGACAACUAUGAGCAAUGUCUGAUGUACUUUGCCGACCAUCCGGGAGGGAUCGUGGGCUUGAGUAAUGUGCUCCUGGACUACUACGAACGCAAAGUAGAACUGGCCCGGCGAAUCGACAAUGGCAGGCCAAGGACAGAAGAGCCACAGCAGCCACAACCUCAGGAUGAACCAAGUCGGCCAAAGCACAAACGCGAAUGGAGCCGAAUCUCUACGGGCGCGGCCAUCAACGGCUGGUUCGAGAUGGAUGGUCCAGCUGCGAAUACAAGCACCUCUGUGGGGACAUCCAACACUCCGUCGCCAAGAGAAGAGGAUCUUAAGAAGACGCCGGACAACCUCAACAGAUUGGCAGCUCGUGAUCGGGCGUAUGGACUGCUGUCAACACUGACGAAAUUGGGUUUGGGUUGGGACAACUCAGAAGCAUGGUUUGCGCUGGCCAGAGCGCAUGAACUGGGCGGCGAGGUGGACAGAGCCAGAGAGAUUCUCUGGUGGUGCGUCGAGUUGGAAGAUACACGGCCUAUUCGACACUGGGGAAAUAUUGGAUGUGGAGGGUACGUCCUCUGA